AGAUAAGACUUAUCCCUCGAUAUAAAUCUCACAUUACGGUUUUCACUAUCCACACAUUGAUGAUGGUAAGAGACAAAAGAAAAUUCUAGAGCAGUAUGUCCCUCCUUAAUAAAGAAGCAAAAAAAAUAAUUGAUGUUAACGUGUGUAUCAGUUUCCUUUGGAAGGGCGACGGCUAAGCAAAUCUCUAGUAAUUACUUUUCUUUGUGGUUACAUCUCUCUGACGGCAAUGGAAUUAAAACCAACAGCAUUAACGCUAGGAAGCUCUCUUCGAGUGCCUGAGCUAGCAAAGAAAUCAUUAGCCUCAGUCCCGACUAGAUAUGUUAGAUCCGAUCAAGACCCUCCAUUUAUUCCCACUUCUUCUUCUUCUUCACCUCAAGUUCCUGUUAUCGACAUGGAGAAAUUGCUUUCUGAACAAUUCAUGGAUACUGAGUUGGAGAAAUUUCAUAACGCUUGCAAAGAUUGGGGGUUCUUCAGCUAAUAAACCAUGGAGUGUGUCUUUCAUUGGUGGAGAAGUUGAAGUUAGAAGUCCAAAACUUUUUUGAUCUUCCAGCUGAUGAGAAGAAGAAAUGUUGUCAAAAAGAAGGGGAUAUUGAAGGCUUUGGCCAAC